AUGGCAUCGGUUUACUCUACCCUCACCUACUGGCUCGUGAAGCACCCCAACAUAGCAAACUUCACGUGGACUGAAGGCGAAACCCUAGGCUCCACAGUCUUCUUCGUCUUCGUCGUAGUCUAUGUUUACCUCACUGCCACAUUCCUCCUCCGCUUCGCCAUUGAUUCACUCCCUGCACUCGGUCCCCGCAUUCUCAAACCAAUCACAGCCGUCCACAGCUUCAUCCUCUGCAUCCUCUCCCUCAUCAUGGCCGUCGGUUGCACUCUCUCCAUAAUCUCGGAUCCUAAGGUGCGUUUCUUCCACGCCAUUUGUUUCCCACUCGACGUGAAACCAACCAGACCGCUUUUCUUCUGGGCUCAAGUCUUCUACCUCUCCAAGAUCCUCGAGUUCGUAGACACGAUCCUCAUCAUACUCGGGAAAUCUAUCCAACGGCUCUCGUUUCUCCACGUGUACCACCACGCGACUGUUGUUGUCAUGUGCUUCGUCUGGCUCCGAACCCGACAAUCGAUGUUUCCGGUUGGGAUCAUGAUGAACUCGACGGUCCACGUCAUCAUGUACGGUUACUAUUUCCUCUGCGCCCUCGGUUCGAGGCCCAAGUGGAAGAGGUUGGUGACGCAUUGUCAGAUAGUGCAGUUUCUUUUGGGCUUCGGGUUAUCUGUUUUGAUGCUCCCGGAGCUCUUUUUCGGGUCGGGUUGCUCAGGGAUUUGGGGAUGUUACUUCAACGCUGCCUUUAAUUUUUCUCUCUUGGUUCUCUUCUUCAACUUUUAUUUCAAGAACUAUGCGAACAAGACAGGACAGAUGUGGGUUAAAAAAGCGAUUAAAUUAGUUUCCACAAAAAAACUAAAAGAUUCAUAA